GAAAAAAUAAAGAAGACAUUCAAGAAAGACAUUCAAGAGACACUCAAGCAGACCUAAAAGAAGACCUCAAAAAGACACUCAAGAAAGACAUUUCAAGAGACACUCAAGAAACAUUCAAGCAACAUUUAAAAGAAGACACUCAAGAGACACUCAAGCAGACAUCAAGAAAAUUCAAGAAGACCCCAAAGCGGGGAACUAAAAGAAUUUUCAAAAGACAUUCAAGAGAACUCAAAGCAUUCAAGAAGACACUCAAGCGGGACCCCCAAGAAACUUUUCAAAAAAGGACACUCAAGAAACUUCAGAAGACACUCAAGAAGCCCUUAAAAAAAGGACAUAAAGAAGACCUCAGAGAACCUAAAAAAAAGACCCCUCAAGCAAAACCCCCCAAAGAACACAAAAGGACAUUCAAGAAGACACUCAAGCACCCCACUCAAGAAGGGACACUCAAGAAAAGGGACAUCAAGAAGACACUCAAAGAACUCAAGAAAGACAUCAAGAAGACACUCAAGGACUUUCAAGGGGACCCCCUAAACAACACUCAAGCAGACAUCAAGAAGACUUUCAAGAAGACACAAGAAAACUCAAGAAGACACUCAAGAAGACCUAAAGAAAGAAUUUUCAAGAGACACUCAAGAAGACAUCAAGCAGACACUCAAAAAUUCAAGAAGGACAUCAAAAGCAUCAAAAAAGACAUUCAAGAAGACACUCAAGAAACAUCAAGAAGACACUCAAGAAACAUCAAAAAGACAUUAAAAAGAAGACACUAA